AUGUAUUGUCAGAAGUGUCGAACGCCGCUCAAGUUGGAUGGCUCAUUGGAGUCGCUCAACCCGGCUGCUUUUGAGCUACUCGUCAACUCUACGGGCAAGACACUCUCCGACCAUGGCACUGCAUCAUCACCACGAGCUUCCUACCCUGCAGACCGUCGGAAACACUACGAUCGGGCGUCUCAAAAUGCUACGGGACCAAUUUACAGGAGAUCUAUCCCUGCUCCACGGUCGGGCGACCAGCCACAUCCGCCUGGAAUUCCACGAGCUGAUAGCGGCAAUAUGUCCUUCGUGAUGCUCACAGAGUCCCAGUUUGUGACUCCGCCUAUGGAAAAUGCUCUGCCAGCUCGGCCCAAGGGAAAGACAACUCAGGGUUCAGACCGGAAUGAAGGCGACGGAGCAUUUGCAAGCCAGGUCGACAAGACCAGCCGCUUGUUUGAGAUUGUCUCUUCACGUUCGGAUAUCGACCAUCCUAUUUGCGUGGAAUGCACGGAUCUGCUGGUUGAAGGGUUGCAAAAACGUCUAGCAGGUUCGACGAAGGAGCGCGACGCAUAUAUCUCGUUUCUUCGAAGUUUGAAUGCAGCGGUUCCGAGUACAGAAGAGUUGGAAACGGCUGAGAAGUCGCUCCAGGAAAGUUUGAAAGCCGAGGAAACAAUGUUGGCGGAAAUCGAAGCUUUGGAGCGAGAGAAAGCCAAAUUAGAUGAAGAGAUUGGCUCUUUGGAAGAGCAGUCCCAGAAGUUGGAUGCAGACGAGGAGACGUUCUGGCGUGCGCGAAACGGCUUUUCCCUGACGCUGGGAGAGUUUCAAACCGAGCGGGAUGCAUUGAACAUGCGCUACGACCACGACUCGCAGCAGUUGGAGCGACUACAGCGGACGAACGUCUACAAUGACGCGUUUUGCAUCGGUCAUGAUGGAUAUUUUGGUACUAUCAAUGGGCUGCGGCUGGGUCGGUUGGCUAAUCCCUCGGUUGAGUGGCCCGAGAUCAACGCCGCAUGGGGGCAAACCUGUUUACUCCUGGCUACCAUUGCAGAAAGGCUGGGGUUUCAGUUUCAAGGAUAUCGCCUUCGACCACUGGGUUCCACCUCACGGAUUGACAAGGUUGAGUACCCGCCACAACCGUCCGGAACGGCUGUGAAUGAGCGUGGCGCCCCCAAAGUCACUCCACUGGAUCUAUUCUCGUCCGGUGACCUCCCACUGAAUCUGCCCUGGCUACAUCGUCGAUUUGAUAACGGGAUGGUGGCGUUCUUAGACUGCCUGCGCCAGCUGGGUCAGUUUGUUGCUACAACUCCUGUGCCAAUAGCAUCGACCCGUCGCGGCCAGACCAGCGGCGCCACUGCACCUGGCUUGAGGUUGCCCUACGAGAUCAAGAAGGACCGUAUUGGCGAUGCCAGUAUCAAGCUCGGAUUUAACCAAAACGACGAGACGUGGACUCGGGCUUGCAAAUACACCCUCACCUGCUGCAAGUUUCUGCUCGCACACGCUAGCAACGUUGCGAGUGCAGGCUCUAGUAAUUCGGCGGCCGUUGCCGCUGCGGCUGUGGCAGCUGCGGAGCAGACUCGGCAGACGUCUUCCAGUCCCGCCAAGCCUCGAACAUGA